AUGCAAGUCGCCGCAGUCAUCAAUGUCCCUGCUGGGACGGAUCCCGCCAUAAAUGAGCAAAUCAGCGCUGCAUGGAUCGAAAUUCGACAGCGAGUCCAGAAACUCGCAGAGCUGUCCGGGAACAAAGUGAACCCAGGCUUAGAGAUUGACGAUGUUUUGGCAAACCUAGAUGCUGCCCAAAACCCCCGCAGGAAAGGCUCCAAGGCGUCAGCCUAUGUUAAGGAGACAUUCUCCAGAACCCUGGGGGUGAUCAAAACGGUCGGAGGUAUAGUUUCUGAUGGUGCAUCUCAGGUAUUUCCUCCAGCUGGGCAAUGCUACAAUGCGAUCAGUUUUGUCAUAAAUGCCUACCAAGACUACCAAAGCUCCUUUGAGACGCUGACGGGACUUUUUGAGAAAUGCGCCAACUUCCUGGAUCGACUGGAAGAGUAUAGCCAUGGUGGAAUGAACCCCAAGUUAAGCUUGGUAGCCUGCCAGCAUCUUGAGCUAUUUGUGGCUAUUUGCGAUCGCGCCCUGGAGCUCAAGAGUCAUCGAAGUAAGAUCAAGACAUUCUUGAAAAUUACCUUUAUUUCCGAGAACGAUGCGGAUGAUCUUUUGGCAAAAAUGAAGGGCCUUGUCAACAAAGAAGAGCUUCUUGUUGCUGCCCAGACUUUUCGCCAAGCGUCAGAGGCAAACAGGAACUCGAAGAACGCCUUGGGUCUUCUAACCGAGGGCAAAACUGAGAGACAAGAGAGGCGCCAAGCGGAAGAUGACCAAAAUGCCCUUCUCGGAGUUUUGGCUUUCAAUAGAACGACUGAGACCUGGGACAGCACGCGACAGCGGCCCAUUGCAACCUGGGAGACUCGAUACCAUGGCAUUCGAAAGACCGUUGUGCCAGGGACUGGGAAAUGGCUUCUUUCAGAGCCUACGUUUCAAUCCUGGGCAGAGAAACAUGACGAUAUUCCAAUUCUUGGAAUCGUGGGUGGAGAAGCAACUGGAAAGACCUUUUUAGCUUCCACGGUCAUUCAGCACUUGCGAAGGCAGGGUAAUUUGCAAGAUACCGACUCGCGGAAGCUAGUCGGGUUCUCUUUUCUGCACAGAAAUGAGAAUGCAGGAGUUGAUGCUUUUGCAAAUUCAUUAAUCUGGCAGUUUGCCAACAGCGAUACAUCUUACAUGCAGGCGGCAGCAAAUGUUUGCCGCAGUUACGGUGUUCUCGAUCCGAAGGAUAUUUUACCGCGGCUUCUUCUUCAGAAUGAAGGAUUGAAUUUUAUAGAUGCCACUUUCUAUAUUGUCAUUAAUAAGUUGGGCGAUAAAGACGACAAAGUUGAUCGUUCUGUCCUCGAGUUUCUACAAAAAGCCUGGCAGUUGAAGAGUCCGUCCGUUCGAAUUCUCAUCACCAGCACACCGGGCGUUAUGGAUCAUUUGGCUGCAAAGGGCAUCCUGUGUCCAAGAAUAGCAAUCGGCGAAAAGGGUGAAGAUGAUCUUCGCAGAUUCAUUACGGCACGAAUGGAUCGCAUUGACUCUCUCUCGGACAUCAAACAGGUUGGAGUACCAAAGUUGAGAGAGAAUAUCAUUGACAGGCUGUCUCACCAGACUGGGGGCAACUAUCUGAAAAUUGACUCGGCGUUAAACGAAAUUGACGCGUUGGACUAUAUGGAUGGAAUCGAGUUGGUCUUGAAGAAUGCCGGGAAAGAACUGACUGAUCAUAUCAAGGCAGAUGUCCAGAAACUCAAUCGGAUUCGCACACAAGAUGAGCUGGUGGAGAUCAAUGAGAUUAUUCUUUGGAUCACCUAUGCCGAGGAGCGAAUGUCUGUUGAGAAGAUGACCGCCGUAUUACAACUAAGAAGCGCCGCAGUUCCUCUUCGCCCAUUGGAAGUGCGCUUCAGGACCAAGUUCCUCCUGUUUGAAGUCGACAGUGAUGGAUAUGUGGAUUUCCGAUCCUCCAAGACCCUGCGAGCCAUUCCAGAACGACAUCAGAUUACUGCGCAGAAUGGGGAGAAUGGAGAGAUCAUCCACCCAAGCGAAAUCAAUGUUGUACAGCAUUUCUUGAACACCGUUUGUCCACCAGACCUUCUAAGGAAACUGGAACUAGAGCAAUAUUUUCAGCAAAAGUUGACUGGACACAAAGUCCAGAUUCAUCAGGAAGAAAAGGACACUGCUCAUAUACGGAUUGCUGCUAGCUCUCUUCGGGUACUUUCCCGAAAAGCAGAUGCAAGGUUGACCGUUUUACAAGGCUAUGCUGCUCGGCAACUUGUCCACCACCUAUCCAAGGUGGAUCUUGCACUAGUGGAUCGUGAUUUGAAAAGCGAUCUUGGUCCUGAUCUAGUCAAGCUUUUCUGCUUUUCAGCCCCGAUCGAAAAUCUUUUCUGGUCGACAAAAUCUAUCCCAGCAUUCCCACCUUGGAUACUGGAAGAUAAGGGAAUAGAAGAAAUAAAGAGAUGGCUCGGAAACUCCGCCGUAACGUCAAAUCUUGAUGGGCAUGCGAAAGAGUGGAUCUCCAGGCUGCUUGAUAGUGGGAGCAACCCAUUUGAAGUGCUUCUAUCGCCUUCUGCGCAUCGAAUGGCAGAACUUGCGUUUAGAACUCCUUCAAGCCCUGAAUUAACAAAGCAGAUGUUUCAAUUCGUGCUCAAGUUCCUUUCGAAGGUCAAAUCGAACGGUACCACGGAUGUCAAAACAGAUUCAAUCGAGGAACCCUCUUUAGACCAAAUUUACGAGGUUGAGAAGUGGUCUCAGGCCACUCUUGACUUUAAAACGCCAGAUUCGCUCUGGGAAGUUCAAAUGGCAUAUAUCCUGGGAGGCUUUGCGAUGGACUCGGCGGCCGAGCUUCGAUGCCGUCACGCUCUACAUAUGGAUCCUUCAAAUUGGAGAGCCUCACAGACUCUGGCCCGACAUGUUUCUUCUGAUCAAGAGGCUAUCCAAACCCUAGACGAACUCAUGGAGCGCUAUGAAAACGAUUCAAAAUGGCUGGAAGUCAAUCGACGGCAUUUUGCUGAAAUAGCAUUCGACCUAGGCUUCCGGUAUUGGAAUGUCGGCAAACUUGGCGAUGCGGUCAAAGCUUGGUCAAAGUGCAUUGAACACAAUCCCACAUACCAUCAGAACACACAGCAUAUACUUUACAAGUACAGCGCCAGUGCCAGAUGGAGCGAUAUUGUCGACCUUCUUGAUAAGAUCCGAAACAUUGAUAGCUCCCAUCUGACAGGUCUAGCCAUUGACCAGGCAUCCAAUGAAGAGUUCCAUGAAACCAUCAGAAAGACUGCGAUUGAAACGGGGCGGUCCGAGAUUUUGGAUCAGAUAUAUCCAGAUGCAAUUGAAACUGCUUCAAGGGGUCAAUUCCACGAGGAGGCCUAUCUUCUUCGGGGGUAUUUUGCCUAUUACUUGUCCAGAAUCCCCAACCCUCCAACGAACAGGGUCAUGGAGUAUCUGGAAACUGCUUUUAAAAAUGAUCUGCCCCAAAUGACCUCGCAGAUUUUUGGAAUGGUUUCCCUUAUGAGUGCCAGACUUGGGAAGAUCUAUUACACCAGAGCGAAAGAAGCCAAUGAAUUGGGUGACCGGGAUCUGGCCAUGAGCUAUCUACAAAAGCUGGGAGACAUUGUACCUGAGCAGCUACCGGAAUGGCAAUUCCCCAUUCCACCUCGCUUGUUUGCUGCUCGCUUCUACCAUAUUGAAGGCGACGACGAACUGGCCGAGCAUGAAGCCCGUCCAUCACGACAGGUGGCCUUGGAGCUUCUUUCGGACGAUGACGAAGGCAAUGAUAUUUUUGCUUUCAAUCAGAUUCUGUUUUCAUCUGUUGCUUUCGGUGAUGAGAAGAAUACAGCUGCUGCUCUUGCAAUCAUAGCAGUCUCAUUAAAUGUCUGGCCUACUGAAGAGGAUGAAGGCCCCGCCACAUCUCUGGACAUGGAAUGCGAUGAUGGUUGUGGUCAUCUCUGGACUGAGCCCGGGGAUAUGUGGUUUUGCAAAGACUGCAUUAGUACCACGCUUACGAGUGAAUGUCUUAAGAAAAUGAAGGCAGGAGAUUAUUGUCAGAAUGCUUGUCAUCCAAGCCAUGACCAUUUCUACGUGCCAAGAUUUGAUUCGGACAGAAUGAGAAAUAUGCCAAAGGGUCACGUUGCCUGGGGAGAUGAGGAUAUUACUCUACAACAGUGGACGAAAGAAAUUCGCAAAAUGUAUCCAGAGCAUCGAUAG